AUGCGAAACUACAUCACCUUUUCGCACCUUACCUUUGCUGUGCUAGCCCUGUUACCGGCCAGAAGUUAUGCCGCAGAUACCCUGAGUACAGGAGGUCUCUCGUCGUGUUUGACCGAUUCCGAUAUCCAGGUACAAAAACUGGACAUCGACUUUUCUCGCUCUACAAAGAAAAUUACCUUUGACGUGGCUGGUACAAAUACCAAAAAACAGAAUGUCACGGCUACACUCUCGGUCACUGCCUAUGGGAACGAAGUAUACACCAAGGAAUUCGAUCCCUGCGACGAUGCCAACCAUGUUGAUCAACUUUGCCCUGUUCCGGCUGGCGAUUUCUCCGCUUCUGGGUCCCAGGUAAUACCAGACGAGUUCAUAAGCCAAAUUCCAUCGAUUGCGUUCUCAAUACCGGAUCUAGACGGAGUGGCAAAGCUCCAGCUCAAAUCAAAGAACGAUGACAACGAUGUUGCUUGCAUCCAGUCUGAGUUGACCAAUGGAAAGUCCGUGGAAGUUCCCGGUGUCUCUUACGCUGCCGCCGGUAUGGCUGGGGCGGCACUGGCUUUGAGUGGACUGUCAGCUUUGGGCUCUGCCGGACACGCAGGCUCGGCUUCUUCUAGUCCCGGCUUUGGGGAAGUUAUGGGCUGGUUUCACACAAUGGCAACCAAUGGCAUGCUUAGUGUCAACUACCCUCAAGUGUAUCGCAGCUUUUCGAAGAACUUUGCAUUCAGCACGGGUUUGAUACCGUUGGCCCAAAUGCAACAUUCGAUUGACAACUUCAGGAAAAUCACUGGCGGAAACCUCACCGAAAACAACUAUGACUAUUGGAAAGGACUCGGCACUUCAUCGAAGUCGAAUCAAAAGCGAUCCCUUGAUACGAUCCUCGGUGCAGCACGACUAGUUGUACGCGAGGUCGAGACUUCAGUCAACGGCACUUCUUCUGGCAACGAUACCUCAAGUGGACAAGAAAGCAACCUUUUGUCAGCAGAUGGAAUAUCGAACUUGAGCAAAGAAUUGCUCAUUCCUCAGUCAAAUACAUUCAUGACCGUUUUGCUGAUUUUCGCCAUCAUUAUUGCAGCGAUUACUGUGGGAAUUUUGCUCGUCAAGGUAAUUCUCGAGCUAUGGGCACUCAAUGGCUCAUUUCCCAAGAUGCUCGCCGAUUUCCGUGACCACUAUUGGGGUCUCCUUGCCAGAACAAUCACGAACUUGAUCCUCGUCCUUUAUUCGAUCUGGGUUAUGUACUGUGUAUACCAGUUUUCGAGUGGAGAUUCCUGGGCUGCACAGCUCCUUGCGGGUGUGACCCUGGCCAUUUUCACUGCUCUUCUCGGAUUCUUCGCUUUCCGCAUAGUACAUCUAGCCCGCAAGUACAAGAAAUCCGAAGGCGACGCGUCCUCAUUGUAUGAGAACAAGGAGACUUGGCGAAAAUACAGUCUCUUUUACGACAACUAUAAGAAAGGUUGUUGGUGGCUCUUUAUCCCGGCUAUCGUUUAUAUGCUUGUCAAAGGUUGUAUCAUUGCUGGUGCUAAUGGGCACGGGCUCGUCCAAUCUACUGGUCAACUCGUCGUCGAGGCGCUGAUGCUGAUUCUUUUGCUCUGGCACCGCCCAUAUAUCGCCAAAUCGACCCAAUGGAUCAACAUCACGAUUCAAGUAGUCCGCGUUUUGUCAGUUGCCUGCGUCUUAGUUUUUGUCGACCAACUGGGCCUCUCACAAACCACCAAGACCGUCACUGGCGUGAUCUUGAUUGCCGUACAAUCUGCCUUGACCGGUGUUCUUGCUAUUCUUAUUGCUGUCAAUGCUAUUAUUCUCUGCUGUCGCGAGAACCCCCAUGCCAAGCGAAGGAAGGAAGCUGAAAAAAUGAACCGUGAUAUUGAUGAUCUUACGCCCCUCGAUGCUCGCGAAUCACUCCUCAUGGACAAUCCCCCACGUAAAGACUAUUGCGAGAUGAGUAAAUUCAAUUUCACAGGUCCAUACGAACCCUACCGGGACACCGACCGCCUCGUGGACACCGAGUACCACGAUGAUCCCCGGUAUGGUCGUAACAUAGGCCGAGACAGUCGCAGCAGCAGCAACAGCCGCGACAGUCACGGCUCCCCCGAAGGCCGUCAUCCGACAAAGCCUGGGUAUGGCUUUGCAUAUUGA